ACAUUCAUCCAUUCUAUAAUUUCCCGAUGUCUGAUAUCAACCCCAACCAGCCACUACCAAUGGAUGAAGUGGUGACCUAUAAGGAGUGUUGGCACAACCAUGCUGCAGCACGUGGUCGUGUCAUCUAUGAUGGUUGUCUUGAGUAUCUUGUUGAUCAGGACAAUCUCAUAUGUGCUUGUUGUGGUUGCCACCGCAACUUUCAUCGGAAGCACACCAUUUUCAACGGCAUACCUGAAACUCAAACACUAGAUCGAGUGCAGGGGAUGAGGCCUAAGAGAAAGAAGAGGACUACUUUCUCGUCAGAGCAAAGAAACAAGCUGAUCUGUUUUGCUGAGAGUGUGGGGUGGAAACCUCGAAAGGAUAAGAAGAACGAAAUCCAAAGCUUUUGCUCCAAGAUGGGAAUGACCCGUAGGAUGUUCCUUAUUUGGCUUAGCAACAAUCGUCACCGGGCAAUCAAGAAAGCUUAGAAGUUGUUUGUUUCGCUGUCAUGGUUGAAUCAGUCUUGGCACUUGGUGUUAAUAAGAUCACUCUGUUCAAACUCAAAGUGUGUUGUUUAGGAAGUUAUGGUUUCUUUUUCAGUUUUUGUUUUUUUGUUUUCACCGUCUUUUAGUUUUAUUUUGUUUUCUUAAUGUAACUGUAGUGCCUUGGCUUUAAGUGAUCAUUCAAUCCAUGUACCUUAAUUUCUUA